GAAGGAUCGGAAUGCUGGCUCUGGUCAUACAUAGCCCAGUUUAUCCUUACUCGACAUGGCGUCGUGCUCAUGCGUCCAACUGUCAUCAUCCCGGUUCGUGCAGUUGCAAUCCGCACGGCGGCCACGCAAGGGAUUGCAAAUCCUUCGGGGGCUGCAUGUGACCCACGCUUGUCCUACCUGGGUUAUCAAUCUGGUAUUCCGUACGGAGUAGGCUGGUGUAUUCGAUAGGUCAAGUGAUGGGGAUCCUGGUUAAUGGCGGUUCAUGCGGUUCUACUUUGUUGUGAUGU